CGGGUCACGAAUACCAUUGCAUAAAGGUUAGCGUUUCGUUCCUACGGUGGCCGGUGCAGUCAAAGCGAAGCUUAUUUCUCUGUCGCGACCCCAAGUGUGUGGUUUCUAAUGGCACAGAGUGCUCCACCGCCCUUGGAUCCCAGCCAUCCCCCUGUCAUCGAAGGCUUCACGCCCAGCGCUUUCCAGCAUCGGGACGAGGGGAUCAGAGGAAAAUUUAAUCGGAAGAUCCGCGAGAACCCGCUUGUACCCAUAGGUUGCCUUGGCACAGCAGGAGCUUUGACCUAUGGACUCAUCUGUUUCAAAAGGGGCAACACACGCCAGUCCCAAAUAAUGAUGCGGGCACGUAUUCUAGCCCAAGGCUUUACCAUUGCUGCCUUAAUGGUGGGAGUGGUUGUUACAGCAAUUAAAUCACAAAAGUGAGCCUAUUGCCAGUGUACAGUAAUAUGCGACUUUGAAAGUGAAAAAAUGGGUCUUCCCACCUGGAGAAGGACAUUUGAGAAAGCUUGUGAUGUUUCAGUGAUACUUUAAGAAUGACCAUCAGGUGCCGGUGUGUUCCAAGCAUUACUUCAAUAACAUUGAACAUGAUUCAGUCUUGUCA